CUCCCAGCUGUCGGCCUCCCCGCCCCCGGUCGCGCGCUAUCGCGAGAGUUGGGAGUAAACAGCCCCGAAUGGAGACCCGAGGUGUGUUCGCCGCUGAGGCGCCGCUAUCCCGGGCCCACCGGAGCCGAGCUUGAGGCAGCCGCAGAUUGGCUCACAGAGUGAUUGCUCAUCCCCGUUGGACUUUGGUUCUGUGGUGCAAAUGGAGUGCAGGACUCAGUUGUCUGGGCCAGAGUGACAGAAGCCUGAUGUCCAAGAUGGAGAAGAAACGAAGAAAGAAAUGAAAGCCUCUUUUCAGGCCACACCACAAAAGGCCAUGAAAUUUAACUUUUAUUUACAUUGGACAAGACUGUAAAAUGGCUGAUCAGUAAUGUUUCGGCUUUUAGCUGAAACAAAAAUUAACUUAUAAUCAAGGAAGAAAAAAAGUGCGAUUUGAAUUUAUGCAAUUUUAUGACCAUAUUCACUUAUGACCAUGAAGCUUGUCAACAUCUGGCUGCUCCUGCUAAUGGUUUUGCUCUGUGGGAGGAAACAUCUGGGUGACAGACUGGAAAAGAGAUCUUUUGAAAAGGCCCCGUGCCCUGGCUGUUCGCACCUGACUUUGAAGGUGGAAUUUUCUUCAACAGUGGUGGAAUAUGAAUAUAUUGUGGCUUUCAAUGGAUACUUUACAGCCAAAGCUAGAAAUUCAUUUAUUUCAAGUGCCCUGAAGAGCAGUGAAAUAGACAAUUGGAGAAUUAUUCCUCGCAAUAAUCCAUCCAGUGACUACCCUAGUGAUUUUGAGGUGAUUCAGAUAAAAGAAAAACAGAAAGCGGGGCUGCUAACACUUGAAGAUCAUCCAAACAUCAAACGGGUAACACCCCAACGGAAAGUCUUUCGUUCCCUCAAGUACGCUGAGUCUGACCCCAUAGUGCCCUGUAAUGACACUCGAUGGAGCCAGAAGUGGCAGUCGUCCCGUCCCCUGCGAAGAGCCAGUCUCUCCCUGGGCUCUGGUUUCUGGCACGCGACAGGAAGACAUUCGAGUCGACGGUUGCUGAGAGCCAUCCCACGCCAGGUUGCCCAGACACUCCAGGCAGACGUGCUCUGGCAGAUGGGAUAUACAGGUGCUAACGUAAGGGUUGCUGUUUUUGACACUGGGCUGAGUGAGAAGCAUCCCCACUUCAAAAAUGUGAAGGAGAGAACCAACUGGACCAACGAGCGGACGCUGGACGACGGGCUGGGCCAUGGCACAUUCGUGGCAGGUGUGAUAGCCAGCAUGAGGGAAUGCCAAGGAUUUGCUCCCGAUGCCGAACUUCAUAUUUUCAGGGUCUUUACCAACAACCAGGUGUCCUAUACAUCCUGGUUCCUGGACGCCUUCAACUACGCCAUCUUAAAGAAGAUCGACGUGCUCAACCUCAGCAUCGGGGGCCCCGACUUCAUGGACCAUCCGUUUGUCGACAAGGUGUGGGAGUUAACGGCUAACAACGUGAUCAUGGUUUCUGCUAUUGGCAACGAUGGGCCUCUUUAUGGCACUCUGAAUAACCCCGCUGAUCAAAUGGAUGUGAUUGGAGUAGGUGGCAUUGACUUUGAGGAUAACAUCGCCCGCUUCUCUUCAAGGGGAAUGACUACCUGGGAGCUACCAGGAGGCUAUGGCCGUGUGAAACCUGAUAUUGUCACCUAUGGUGCUGGAGUGAGGGGCUCCGGUGUGAAAGGAGGAUGCCGGGCCCUCUCAGGGACCAGCGUGGCUUCUCCGGUGGUCGCAGGUGCUGUCACUUUGCUAGUCAGCACAGUCCAGAAACGUGAACUGGUGAAUCCGGCCAGUAUGAAGCAGGCCCUGAUUGCAUCAGCCCGGAGGCUUCCUGGGGUCAAUAUGUUUGAGCAAGGCCAUGGCAAGCUGGAUCUCCUCAGAGCCUAUCAGGUCCUCAACAGCUACAAGCCUCAGGCAAGAAUCCAGCCUGACUGGCAGCCCUAUUUACCACAGAACGGAGACAACAUCGAAGUGGCUUUCUCUUACUCCUCGGUGUUAUGGCCUUGGUCAGGCUACCUGGCCAUUUCCAUUUCUGUCACCAAGAAAGCGGCUUCCUGGGAAGGCAUCGCGCAGGGGCAUGUCAUGAUCACCGUAGCUUCCCCAGCAGAGGUGGAACCUUCCUUCUUCGUGCCUCCUUAUCGCUUUCACAGGCAGUGGUGGAUGCCAGACACCGGAGGAGCCAAUAUCCCAGCUCUGAAUGAACUUCUGUCUGUCUGGAAUAUGGGGUUCAGUGAUGGCCUGUACGAAGGGGAUUUUACCCUGGCGAGCCAUGACAUGUAUUAUGCGUCAGGGUGCAGCAUUGCAAAGUUUCCAGAAGAUGGCAUAGUGAUAACACAGACUUUUAAAGACCAAGGCCAUUGUCACCUCUUGCCUGGACGGUGUCGCAUCAUUUUUCCCCUUGCAUCUUCAAAACAACCUGCUGUAUGUGUUUUCACCGCCCCAGGGAACCACCUGCACCGGUAUUCCAAGGUCCUGGAGGCCCGUUUGGGAGGCCCGGAGCCUCGGGCGCUGCCAGCCUGUCCGCACCUAUCGUGGGCCAAGCCACAGCCUUUAAACGAGACGGCUCCCAGUAAUCUUUGGAAACAUCAGAAGUUACUCUCCAUCGACCUGGACAAAGUGGUAUUACCCAACUUUCGAUCGAAUCGCCCCCAAGUGAGGCCCUUGUCUCCUGGAGAAAGUGGUGCCUGGGACAUUCCUGGAGGGAUCAUGCCUGGCCGCUACAACCAGGAGGUGGGCCAGACCAUCCCCGUCUUCGCCUUCUUGGGAGCCAUGGUGGUCCUGGCCUUCUUUGUGGUACAAAUCAACAAGGCCAAAAGCAGGCCAAAGCGCAGGAAGCCCAGGGUGAAGCGCCCACAGCUCAUGCAGCAGGUUCACCCACCAAAGACCCCGUCUGUGUGACACCAGCCCACUGAUCUGAGAGCCAGAGAGAGCCUGUGGCUGGUGGCCUAGGUGGGCAGGCGGAGCUGUGGCGUCUCCAGAGGGGCCCCCGCUCAGAGGGCCGGGGUCUCCAUCUUCAGGGGCCCGAGAGGCCGUGCUCAGGGGGCCUCUCCUGUGAUGCACGGAGGUGCGCGUACAUCCUGAAGUGUGUCGACAGGCCUGCCAGAGGGGCUCCGCGCAUCAGCCUCCGGAGGGACUUCAUGCAGCCGCAGCGUGCACCCAAGACCUGGAGAACUAGGCUGUCUGCGGCGCCCUGACCUGAGAGGGAGGAUGUGCUUUUAAUGACACGACUGACCAAGCUAAGAUGUGCUCAUUAAGGCUAUUUUCUAUAUUUAUUGUUGGGAAAAAGUCACUUUAAAAGCUUGUGCUAUUUGGAAGCAAAGCUAUUUUUUUUGUCAAUGGAAUGCAGUUUUUUACUAUUCCAUCACGAGGAAUAACACAGAUUCCAUGAUCUCCUUUUUGAUGAAAGGACAGACUGAGAUUUGAAGGCAGAUUGCAAAGAUCUGUGAAACAUAGACCUUCGCUUUAUUUUUAUAAGUCUCAACUGCCAUCAUGUUUUGUAAUUUGGGGUCUCGAUUUCACCAUUGUCGGUGAAGAAAAUUUUCAAUAAAUAUGCAUUACCUAUAUGAAGCUAAAAA